AUGGCUGAGCUGCAAAACGCCAAUCCCACGAUCCUCAGCGCGGCUGAGCUGCCGAGCCGCCGGCUGCGGAGGGAGACGACCUCCCGGCACGGCGAGGAGUUCAGGUUCGACAGCAUCCUGGCCCCCAAACGGCCCGACAGCCUCUUCUGGGGAGCCUCCCACAUCGCCGCUCUCGCAUCCCCUCCCUCACCGGCGUCCUCCAUCUCAUCUGGCGGAGAUGUCUAUGACGAAGGCGACGAUGGCGACGACGGCGUCUACACGGAAGAGCCGAUCGACGAGCAGGAGAUUUACGAGCACCCCCACACGCUGGGCCAGCUCUCCGUAGUCAAUCUGCCGGACAUUCAAAUCUCACCGUCCCCGCUGCUGGCAAAGUCUCUCGACCGCGACACGCUUACCCGGGUGGUGGUCUAUGUCACGCCGACUAUCAACCACUGCUCUCUGGUGACGGUCAUCGGCCUUGCCAUCCGCGUUCGUCUGGAGCAGACACUGCCGCCCAACUACCGGGUCGAUAUCGAGGUCAAAGAAGGCUCCCACAGCCAGGAUGACCAGGUCAGCAAGCAGCUGUCGGACAAGGAGCGGGUAGCGGCUGCCCUGGAAAACGAUACGCUCCGCGGCGUGCUCGAUAAAAUGCUCGAAACCUGCAAAUGA